AUGAUGCGCGCGCAGAAGAUGUUGACACUGCCCUUUGUAGUCAGUGACCUAUGCCCUCCCUCAGACAGUCUCACCAACAUCAGAAUUAUGGAACCACCCACAGACAAACUACCCGACUACGACAAGUUGUCGACUAAGUCCAAAGUAGGUCGCCCCGAAGCCGUCGCACCGCACAUCUCAGCGCAACUCAACACACACAACCGACGCAGCAUGCAAGGAAGACUCAGCAUACUCAGCAGGCGGAGUGUACACGACACCUCCGCCAAUGGCAGUGGGGUGGAGGAGAGCACAGUGGACCUCAUGCCAGACGACCGAACAAGCAUAGCGACGGUUGACAGCCAGGGCAGCUUCAGCAAAGGCUUCUUCAGGACACUAAGUAAAAAGGUUCCGAAGAAAAUGUCUGUCAUCGCUCAUAAUGCCAUCGACCAGCUCAAGUCACAGAGCAAUCAACAGCAGGCACCAGAAAGAUCACGUCGGAACGGAUCCAUUAGUAGUAACCUUAGCAACGGUGAUUCGGACGUAGAUUCAACUCGUUUCAGCCGAAGGCAGACAGUCACUCUCGCUGAGCUCAGCGCAGCACGGGAGAGUGACGACGAAGAAGAUUCAGAGCAUCUGAUUGGCGCAGACGGAGAUGCGAAAAACAGCACACCU